UCUUGCUUGGUAGUUGGUACGUCUGUGGAAAAUGCGUUUGAUUUUAAUGGCGUUUUUUACGUCAAUGAGGUGUCCUUUGAUAAACAGACUAUUUUGAAUAAGUUGAAUUUUAACAAAAGUUCAUGAAUAAGUCAGGAAUAUAUUGCGUACGGACAAUUUUUGAAGUUAAUGUCAAGAAAACUGAGCUAGCAAUUUGUCGCCAUUUUUGGAUAACUGUCAAAUCUAAAGGGCUGAAAGACUCAAUAUUCAUGUGAACCUAAGUGCUACUAGUGAGUGAGGUGCUGGAGAAUACUAUGCUGUUUUGGGUUUGUAGGUCAGUCAGUACCAAUAUGGGCAAGAUUUUGUGCAUAAAGUUGGAAUAACACUGGACAUAAUGUAAAGAAAUCUUAUCAACAAAGUGGGACGAUGUAUCGUGCCAAAAAGCCUCUUCUCUUUGAUCUUAAUGAGCAUCUGAUUUGUAAACUAUGCAAAGGUUAUUUUGUUGAUGCUACAACUAUUAUAGAAUGCCUUCACACAUUUUGUCGAAGUUGUAUUGUGAAGUACUUGGAAACAACAAAAUAUUGCCCUAUUUGUGAUGUUCAAGUGCAUAAAUCAAAACCCUUACUUAGUUUACGAUCAGACAAGAUUAUUCAGGAUGUUGUGUACAAAUUGGUUCCAAGACUCUAUCAAAAUGAGUCACGGAGAAGAAAAGAAUUUCACAAAAAUCAUCCAGAUACCAAACUAUCCGCUUCAGAGGAGAACUUUGAAGCUUCACAUGGUUUUUUCUUGACUCCUGAAGAGGAAUUGAGUGUUACUUUAACUUAUUAUGGCUCAUUAGGCAAACCAAGGUUGGGAAAAAAUUGAGGGAAUAUUUUCAUAUCCGUCUAAUGCACACAUUUGUCUUUUAGGUACCUAAGGUGCCCUUCGGCAGUUUCAGUGAUGGUUCUACAAAAAUUGAUAAGGGCUAAAUUCGAUCUAUCCGAUACUCAUCAUGUAGAUAUACUUCAUAAUCAAGAUUGUCUGAGUCCUUGUUACACGCUGAUGGAUAUUAUGUAUAUUUAUAAACUUUCAAAGCUCGAACCUUUGGAUCUCACAUAUCGAAUUUACGAAUAUAUGGCAAAGAAACUGAAACUGGAAAAUCAGGAUUGUAAGAGGGAGGAACAAACGGAUAUCAGUAACCAACAGCCAGUGUCUAAUAACAAUAAUUGGAAAGAAGUGCAACUAAGAAUAAGUGAAAAUGGGGAAAUGUCCAUUACAGGAAUACAAGAUGAUAUCACCUCCCAAAGUUUCAGUAAGGAGAUGAUCGAAGUCCUAGACUCGAAGCCAAAGUCUCCGAUCAUGAGCACCCCUUUGAAUUCGCUCAAGAAGAAGGAAUUACCAGAACUGAAAGCCAUCCGAAAACCUACUCAAAAUUCGAAAUGCAUCAAUAUCAUUAGCGAUACUAUAAUAAGGUCACAGUCGAUCGAACCAAGGCCAAACGAUUGUUUGAUUCCUAAUUCUGGUAACAAGGGAAACGGCAGUGCUGUGUCAUCAGUGCCAUCUAUGAACUCAACAACCACUACAGUAUUCACCACUGUUAAUUCCACCAAGUGCAGCGUGGGCACAGCUGAUGGUAAGGAGGGAAAAGCUACCGCUGAAGAUGCGAUAGAAAAAGUUGAGGAAGAACCGCUUAAGAAAAAUGUGGAGGGCAUGAAAGAUGCGAAACAAACCAAGGAGGGGGCGAAGGGAAUCAAAAGGAAAUUUGAUGAUUCGAGUACUUCAGAUACGAAGACUAAGACCAAUAAUCAUAUGAAGAAAAUUCAUAUGGAAACCCCUAUAAAUGAAGUGUUAGAUGAGAAGAAAUCAUCUAUACAGGACGCAAAACAGAGACCUGAAAAGAUGGACGAAAAACCCACAAGCGGAAGUGGCAAAGGAGAAACUAAAAAUGAAAAUAGUGAAGUUUCCGCGAGAAUUAAUAGUGCUGAAAGUGAUGAGAAAUCGAAAUUUCAAUUCGAAGAAACUCCCAGUAAUGCUAAGAGUGAUAAAUACUUACAAUCUGUGGGACAUACACCUACUAGUAACGGCAGUAAUGCCACCAAACAAACAGAAGAGGAGAAAAAUUUGCCCAGCACAAAUCCUACUCCUCCAAAACCCUCUACCAAAUAUCAGGGAGGUUCGCAACCGUGCUACAUGCCUAAGACUUCUUUCAAUCCGGUCUUGAACAUACCUAAGCUAAACCAAAGUAACAUAACUUCGAAAAAUGAGACCAAGACAUCGUCAAAAGUCAUGACUAAUGCGAGGCAGGAAAUCAAGACAAACUCCAGCGCUAGCCCCAUUAGCACCCCUACAAUUAAUUCUAAUACCGUAACCAAACAAAGGCCGAGCACCAAAGUGAAAUCAAACGCACCGAUGGGGUACAAAACGCUGAAAGAUCCACCAAAGAGUUGGAACUCUCAAAUAUCCAAGGCGAAUUUGAACAAGGCCCAACCGGACACGAAAUAUUCCGAUCUGAAGAACGUCAGACCUGCCAAAUUCUUCAAAAUGAGGAAUAACAUGCUUAGGUUUUUGGGAAACCCGGCAUCCGGAGUUAAGCCAAUGUACUCAGUACACGUCAACGCUGAGCAGGAUAAGCACCAGGAGAAGGUGGUGGAGAAUAGGGAGAUAAAAAAACACUCUAUCGUUAAAAUUGAUCCUAAAACGCUGAAACCGAUAUCGGAGAAGGCCCCCGAGACAUCAAGCCUGAGCAGUCAGGUUUCUGCGACUGCCGAUCUGAAGAUCAACACCAGCUCGGUGUCCAUUUUUAACCCUUUGAAACUGCAGAGUAAUUCGCCGAAAUCGGAACGGAAGUCCCCCAAGAGCCCCCAAUCACCCCGACACAAAUCCUCCCCCUCCCCGUCGCCGCCUGUGCCGAAACGGGACAAACCCAACCUGAACUUCACCCCUCCCAAUCCCUUCGUGCCCAAUCUCUCCUCGCAGACCGUCAACCCCAACCAGUUCUUGUGCGGCUCUGGGCCCCCCGGUUUCCCCUCCUACGAUCCAAGGGUGAUGGCGGCCUACCACAACCUGUUCUACGGUCCGGCCAUGGGCUUUCCCCCGAAUCCCCUGUCGUACCAUCUGGGCGGCCUGGACAUGGGUCAGCGGGGGAAGGGCUUCGACAUAUCCAAGAUUGUCGGCAUGCAACAGCAGGCGUCUUCCAGCAAGAGCCCCUCGUCCUCUCAGAGUACCUCGAAAUUGGACGUACCAAUCGUGCCCCCCCAAGUGCCUUAUCAGCCUAGGCCGAGCCCCAUGUCGUCUCGCGCGUCCAACAUGACGCCCGCCCCUAAGCGGUCGCACAAAGACCUGACCAAGAACGAGAAGAGUCUUCAGAACACCGUGGAAAAGCUGACGCUGAGCAGGGCUAAGGAGAUUCACAGAGCCGCUGAGGCAUUGAGCAAGCUAAACUCUUCAGACGCAGCCAAGAUCGAGAACGAUAAGAAUGAUAAAGUGGAGAAAAAACUGGAUAAAGAGAAGAACGAAAAUGAAGCAGCAGGGUCACAAGCUACCGGAGGUGAAAGCGUAAAAAAGAGCCAAAGCGAAACUACGACAUCACCUGGAGAAGAGAAGAUCACAAAGAAAGAAGAAGAAACGGUCCAGCCUAAAACUAAUGAACCGGAAGAUCCUACCAGCAAUACUAAAAGUGAAAAUAGUGAUAAAACAGGUGAAACGAAGGAUUCAAAAUCGCAACAAGGAACGAGUAGUUCAGAUCCCCCCGAAGAAACAUCGAAAAAAGAGGAGGAAAAUACGUUGCGGAGUACCAGUACAGAUUCUCAGAUAGAGGAAGGUUCAAAAAAAGACAAUGUCGAUAAUGUAAAUAAAACCGAAGAGGUUGGUUCGGGCGAGAUCCAGGAUCAACAAAAAAGUGCAAAUAACACUGAUAAUGUUACGGAAAAAAGUGACGAUUCUAAAAAAACUGACGAUAGUGUUAAGGAAGCAGAUAAUAAAGCGGGUAGUGAGAAAAUAGAUGGGUUGGCUGGGAACAAAUGAUCUACUGUAAUGUAAGUCUAUUUUUUAGGAUUGCAGUUGAGAUGUUCAGGUAUAUAUUUCGGUUAUUUUUUAUUUUUGUACAAUCGUUUAUUUUAUAUCAUCUUUGAUACCAAGAGAAAAUAAUACAAAUUAAAAAUCGAAAAUAAUAGCAAAGAGUAUUAUUUUUUAUUUUCAAUAAAAACUUGUCAAACUCCAGGUGAUUGUUAGAUAUAUCUUAUAUUUUCAAAAUAAGAAUAUAUACAACAUGAAAAGCAUUCUGCGAGUUCGACAUUUAGACCACUUUAAUACAAAAACAUCACAAAUUUGUCAUGCGGCUCUUGACUUUUGAAUAAUCUGAAGAUUUCACAAAUUAAUGAAUCCAGACCGACCUGAACAUCUUUGACUGAGAAUGCAAGAGCGGAAUAACAGCUUUCUUCUUAUUCAGAAAUCUAUAUAGAACUAGAGAUAGACAGAAAGGGGAAAGAGAGAGAAACCGAGAAGAACAAAAUUAUUUUCGGGUUAAUGUAAAAUUUCUUAUCGAAAAUUCGUACUUUGGACAUAUUUUUAUAGAACUGGAGGAAGAAGUGGCUUGUGAUAAUCAGAAUUUUUAAGCGAAAAAUAAAAUUAAUUCAGAUAAUAGCGUGAAACCUAAAAUUUUGAUAGACAGUAGAUUUUAAUAUUUUUUUUCAAAACCGGGAAAAAUUGAAUCAGGAUCAUUUGAAAAUUGUCUUCCCAUACUUCGUCAUAUAGAGAAAAUACAAUUUGAACUCCAAUAGAAAUAUUUGUACAAACUAAAAUUCAGACACUCUUGUUUUCGUAUUUUUUUCAAACAAAAUCACUAUAUUCCUCCUUUAUUUGCACAAAUCAUUUCUUUAUGAAUAUAAGUGCCUGAAUUAUGUAUGUCAAGAGAUCGAGAUAUCUCAGAAAGAUCUUUUUAUGAAUUCAAAAAUUCCAUAUAUUGAUUAAUGUAGUAAGGGGACAGAAAAUCUUCGAAAAUGUAAGAUUCUGAGUUUGUUCACAAUAAUUAAGUUGAUUUUAAAUUUUUAAUAUCUCAACUCAUUUAAACUGAUCAUUUCAAAUCACAAACAUGAAUAUUGAGCUUUUUCACAGCAGAAAAAGCAAAGAGAGUGAACAGACCGAGGAUUUACUGGCCCUUUACUAUAAUCCGAGUAUUCAUAAGCCAUAAUCCAUCUUGAUUUUGAAUCCAAGCGUUCAAAAUAAAAAAAAAACAGAGCUGUAGAACAUAGUUUAUAGGUCGAACUUUUCCGCAUCCUACAAUAUAGCUGAAUAUGUGCCUUUACUUUAUCAUUUUUGUAGAUAAGAUUUUGAGGCACUUGCUCAUGAGAUUUUUCACCGUCACUUCAAAACAUUCUUGAAUAUUUUCUCUAUAUAAUAAACGAUUUAUUUUCGUAACCUAUUUCACCGACACAGCUAUGUACAUUUUCAGGAUGAUUUGUUGAAAUUUCGGAACACAAAACUGUAAAACUACGAAUUCACACGUUAUUUUUAAUUUAUAUUAUUUGAAAUGUAAAUAUGUAUUGUUACGAUUAAACUGAAAAUAUGUUGAAUAUUUGUAGUAUAAAACGCAUGUUUUUUUACUAAUAACUGAAAAAAUCGUAUUUGAAAAAUGACAAUUCCUUGAGUUUGUUAUGACCUGGACAUGUAAUAAAAAAGAAUCAGACGUCAACUAUUCAAAGCAUAUGAUGAGAGAUUUCAAAACUACAUUCAGACGGCUGUGAUUCCAUUUUAGCUUCAGUUUUCAUCUGUUCUUUCGAAUAUAUCACGAUGUAACCGAGUAGAAUUCAAUGUUUGAAAUAGUUGAAAAAAAAAUUAUUACAGUGAAAGGUAUUUUGACAAAAGCAGAAUUGUAGCUAUAAUUUUUCUGAUAUAUAAGUUAAAAUAUGGAGAUUUUAUUGAUUGAUUGUAUAUUGUAUAUAGUUCCAGCACAGAUGAUUUAAUAAAAUAUUUAUAGUUA